AACCGGGCAGCAGAAGCAACAACAACAAACAAACAGGAAAAUAAACGACAAAUCUACCAACAAAUUGUCAACUAUUUUCUCUAUUUUUUUUUUUAAAGUGCGAAACUAUCAUAACGAGCGCCAAGUCAAGUUGAGUGAAAGGAUUUAUUUUCCCUCUUUCGUGCGGCAAAACUAAAUAGUGCAUGUACCCAGGAAAAUAUAUUUAAAAGCUUUUGAGGGAUUGUUAGAAAUAUACAUAUUUGCUACUACAGAAAGCUGUCGGAAGAUAAAGAAGAAGCAGAAGAGCAGCCAAUUUGAAGACGACUCUUCCUGCCAGUUUGCUUUAUUUUCGCCUUUUGGUUGCAAUGAGCUGGCCAAAUCAACUAUAAAACAAAAAGCCGAAAUCAUAAGCAACAGAAAGCUAGAACCACCGAACAAUCAACAUUUAAAGCGGCAAGAAACUCAGAAACUUCGAAGCAACAAUAGCCAUCAACGUUAAAAUCAAGGAAUCGCAAUCAGCAACCACUUUUUAAACAACAUCUGUAACCAAAAUCACUUUCAAGUACUUUCAACAAUCAUUUAAGCAAAAUUUGUACAAAAACAAAGAACUGGAAUAAUUCACAACACCGAUUCAACAACUACUUCAACAAUAACUGUAAAAGUGUCGCGACUUAAAGCUUCCGAUUUCUCGCGUGUAUCUGUCGGUGUCGUCCUUUUUCGUUGUGGUGUACGAUAUUGGUGUUUUUCUCCAAAAUAUAUAUAUUUCUUGUGCUACGUGUUCGUCGUCCUUGUUGCGUGCGUGUGUUUCCGUGUGCGUCUGUGUGUGUGCGAGAAGAGGAGUGCGGUAGUUUGUGUAUGCUAUGUCAGCGAUCGGGGGCAUUGGGGCGCUCCUCCAGGCGGCUCAAUUUCUCGAACAGCAUGCCAUCCCGCAGGCGGGAGGCGUCGGCAGCGUCCUUGGCGUGGGCGUGGCACUGCCUCAACAGCAGCAGCAGUCGGUCCACUGCAAGAGCAUCUCCAUUAUCAACAACAACAAUUGCAGCCAGCACAACAGAAAUAGCAGCAGUAACGGGAUUAUUGCAACGCCACCGUACACGAACGGAAAUGGCAACGGUAUCGCCGGCGUCGGUAACGCGAGCGCCAACUCUAACGUUAGCGCCAAUGCGAACGGAAACGGUCUGAGCAACGGUCACAGCAGUCCGCGCAGUCAAUUAGCAGCCGCCGCUACUGCCCACGAUUACGAGUUUACCGCCGCCGGAGUUGCCAAUGGGCACAGCGAAGGUCGCUCCCACGUCUCGGAGGACGAUAAUUCCUCAAUCAACAACAACAAUACCCAUCCCCCACAACAACAACAGCACAGUGCUGCGGGGAGAACGACAACAAGAAUAGCGACAACACCAGCUAUAUUAACAAAGUUGAUGGAAAAUUCAGUCACACCCGCCUCAAGCACCACCUCCCUCCCCACAAGCACCGCCCCCUCAAUUACCACUUCCCCGCCCGCCUCCUCAGACUUUAUGCUGCUGGCAGCGGCAGCAGCAACGACAACGAGUGCAACACCCGCAACAGUGACAUCUGCUGCUGCAUCAACAGCAACAGCCUCCAAUCCUGCCAAGCACAAACUGGGCUCCAUCGCCGAAAUACCGCCCAAAUUUCUAGUGGUAUCAGAUGCCAACGGAGUUUAUUCCACUCCCACGAAUUCCACGAAUCCCAAUGGGUUCGCCGCCGAUUCCCUGGGCGUGGGUUACACCGAAGCGACGAUCAAAAAGCUAAUGCAGAAUUUACAAAGGCCACGCCAGCAGCAGCAAUCACUGCAGCAAUUGCGUAGUCUGCGACCGGCGGAAAUUUCCCUAACACCGCCGCCAGCUGCCACUAGAAAAGUGGACACCAGCAACUCACGGACACGCUCUUACUCACUGUCCAAUGUUUCAGCAGCCAGGGAUCAGCAGGAUCAUCCGCAGCACCAGCAACAUGGUAGCCAUCUGCAAAUUCAGCAGCACUACGGCUAUAUGAGGAGUACCAUUGGCGGCGUGGUUUAUGGCUUGCCCACGGACUCUAUCGAUUCUGCGGCAUCCUCGGCCGGUGGAGCGGGAGCAGUAGCGGUGGCCAUGAGUAUUGCCUCCUCGGCGCCAGCGGCGGGAUCUCAGCUAUCGGCGCAUCAACACACGGGACACGGCGGACGCAGGCGCACCACCAGUUCCAACAGUAAUGGAGCGGGCACUCGCGAGGUGCACAACAAGCUGGAAAAGGAGCGGCGCGCCCAGCUGAAGGAGUGCUACGACCUGCUUAAAAAGGUGCUGCCCAUGGGGGACGAGGACCGAAAGAAAACAUCCAACUUGACAAUACUCGACACGGCCCACAAAUAUGUUAAGCACUUGAUUCAGUAUGAUUGCGAGCAGGAGGCGAUGGUAGAGAAACUGGCCAAGCAGAAGAUUGAGCUGCAGAAGCGGCUGAAGCAGUUGGGUCUGAGGAGGGAAACGCCACCCACCGAUCAGCAAAGCAUUCCACAGGCCGACAAAGCAGUUUGCCUGGCAACAACAGCCACACCAGCACCACCAACGGCGGCCAGUGGUCGCAAUGGAACCACAAUUCUAUUUGAUGCAGGCAACGCCUGUGCCACUGGGCAGCAGCUUACAACUGUGAUAAACAAAACUAAUGCCACACCAGCAGGAGCAACCGCAGCAGCCAGCAGCAAACACAAUGGCAACCACACAGGAGGGGCAACAACCACACUGACUCCGGCCAUGGGCAUCAUGACAAUUAAAAACGGCAAUGGCAGCAACGGCAACAUACUGGCAAUCUCACCGACGGCGGGGCAGAAACAGCAGCUGCACCACCACCACAACGGCAGCCCAGCGGGCAGUCCAUCGGGAAUAGGUGGAACAACUGGAGCCACCAUCACACGUGGCUCGCCUACGCCAUCGACUCCAUCGCCGUCGCCCAGCUCCUCGUCCAGUGGCGUCUCGUCGUCGGCCUCGUUUAUAGGCGGCUCCUCAUCAUCGUCCUCAUCGUCAUCGUCCUCAUCCUCCUCCUCAUCAUCAUCUUCCAGUUCGUCGUCCAGUUCGUCUUCGCCCACGCAACAACAACUACAGCAGAUUAUCACGCCCACGGCCACCGCCCAUUUAGUGGGUGCCCGUAGUGUCGGCCUAAAAUUCCAUGGCGGUGCGGGCGGAGCUGCCAGCGCUUUGAAUGGCGGUGCCACCAUUGUGGCCGCUGCUGUACCAGCAGGCGGAGGGUCGGCGAAUGGGUUCCAUCAGGCCGAUAAGGAUCGCAAUUACAAUUUCCUGAUGCUCAGUGCUGGGACAACGGCACAGUAACCCAACAACCAUAAGCAAACAACAAACAACUACAAUAAUAACGAAAACAACAACAACAACUGAAUUGUGUGCAACAGCUCCCACCUUAUGAGAAAGUAACAACUAGAGGAAGAACACUUUUUUAAAGCCAGAUGAAAAACAUGCGUAUUUUCCACACUUUCGCACACAUUGAAAAUGAAUACAAAAACAGCAGCGAACAACAAAACCAAGUCAUUAAGCUGUAAUUUUGUAAGAAAGAUAAAAAAAGAAACAAAAACAAAAACAAAAGCUAUCAAACAGUUCCGCCCAACACUUAGCAUCGAUUUUGAAAAUCAACAAAAUGAAGAGAAAAAUUAUUUUUUAAUGAAUAAUUUUAAAGCAACAACAAAAACGCGGGAGAAACGCUAGCAACACCAACAAUAAACCAACAACAACAAGGGAAGACCAAUUAUAUGAAUACGAAACAGCAACGACAGCAGCACUCAACCACAACAACAACAGCUUAUAACCCCACAACAACCCACAACACACAGGCCCAUCAACUGCAUAUAUACUAUAUAAACUAUAUAUCUAAUUAUACUACUUUAAAGUAAACCUUGAGAAGAAGAGGAACACACCAAGAAUAGCACAGUUAAAUGUAAAACAGGAAAAAACAAAACCAAAUGCGCUGUUGAAACAGAAACCACCAAUGGGUAACGCUUUAUAAAUAUAUAUAUCUCUAAAUAUAUAUAUAUAUAUAUACAUACCUAUAACUAAGAAGAAGAAGAUUAUAAAUUAGAAAUAUGUAAAAGCAGGAUUUCCAAAAUUAAUGUGGCAAAGAAAAAAUUAUAAAACGAAAUCAGAUAGAUGUCUCCUUUCUUGACCAAAACUAAAACAGAAAUAAUUUCUCUUGGAUAUACUUUCUUCUUCUUUCAAAAGCGGAACAUUAAGCAACAAAGCAGAAAUCAAAUCAAUAGAAAUAUAUCAAAUUAGUGUGCUUAUAUGUCAAAUAUGUGAGCGUUUGCACACCACACAUUAACCAAUAGCAUGUAAAAUUAAAUAAAAACGCUGGCGACGGAGUGUUGUAUCUGUGUAAUACCCA